ACCGCGGAAGUGACAGUCGACUAUUCUGUUGAUGCGGAAGAAGAGAGACUUUAGUUUGAAGUUGUUUCUAACAGUGAAACGUUGGUAACUGACAACAACAACAACAACAACGAGGUGUUUACAGUCUCACCGACGACGACAGGAUCAAGUUUGACCGGAAGCCAAAUGGCUGGUGGUAAUUUACAGCAGGUUGUUAUGAAGGCGUGAAGGUGUGGACUCUGCUAUGAAUCAGGCUGAGGACCCAGAGGACAGUGUCCCUCCCUCUGAAGCCCCUCUGUGGGGGGGACAUGACAGACAGACCAAAGCUCAGAGGACGCAUCAGAGACCAGGACCUGGACCUGAACCCAGCUGUGUCUCCAUGAAGAGUAACUGGUCUAUGGAUCAUCCUCCAGACCUCAAAGAUGUCCCUCCCUCUGAAGCCCCUCUGUGGGGGGGACAUGACAGACAGACCAAAGCUCAGAGGUCACAUCAGCAGAGAAAAAGGUCUCCUGAACCCUGCUGUGUGUCCAUGAAGAGUCAUCAGUCUAUGAGUCCUCCUCUACACUUCAGAGAUGAUCAAUCUAUGGGUCAAUCGAUUAACUUCAAAGAUGGACGCCCUUCUUAUGACCCAGAAGAGGACCAGGAGAGCUCAGAGGUUCCCACAGAGUCUGCCCAGCAGCAUCAAACCCACCUGGACUCCAUCUUCAUGCUGCUGGAGGAGAACAUCCUCGCCUUUGUGAAGAACGAGCUGAAGAAGAUCCAGAAGGUUGUGAGCUCAGAUUACCCAGAAUGCUUAGAGAGGGAGGAUGAGGAGGUGCUGGAUGAAGAGCAGAGGAGCAGAGAGGCAUUUGAAGAUCUCAGUGCACUUCCUGAGGAGAAUGAAGCAGGAGGAUCUGGCUGAGCGUCUGCAGAGAAGACUUCCUGCUGCAGUUUGUCAGCGUGAACUCAAAUCCAACCUGAAGAAGAAGUUCCAGUCUGUGUUUGAGGGCAUCGCUAAAGCAGGAAACCCAACCCUUCUGAAUGAGAUCUACACAGAGCUCUACAUCACAGAGGGAGGGAAUGCAGAGGUCAAUGAAGAACAUGAGGUCAGACAGAUUGAACAGCAUCCAGAAGACCAGCCAGACCAGAAAGAACCAUCAGACUAGAAGACCUCCUCAAAGCCUCAGCUGGAGGAGAAGAACCAAUCAGAACAGUGAUGACUAAGGGAGUGGCUGGCAUUGGGAAAACAGUCUUAACACAGAAGUUCACUCUGGACUGGGCUGAAGACAAAGACCACCAGGACAUACAGUUCACAUUUCCAUUCACCUUCAGAGAGCUGAAUGUGCUGAGAGAGAAGAAGUUCAGCUUGGUGGGACUUGUUCAUCACUUCUUCAGUGAAACCAGAGUAGCAGGAAUCUUCAAGUUUGAAGAGGUCCAGGUUGUGUUCAUCUUGGACGGUCUGGAUGAGUGUCGACUUCCUCUGGACUUCCACAACAAUGAGAUCCUGACUGAUGUCACAGAGUCCUCCUCAGUGGAUGUGCUCCUCACAAACCUCAUCAGUGGGAAGCUGCUUCCCUCUGCUCGCCUCUGGAUAACCACACGACCUGCAGCAGCCAAUCAGAUCCCUGCUGAGUGUGUUGGCAUGGUGACAGAGGUCAGAGGGUUCACUGACCCCCAGAAGGAGGAGUACUUCAGGAAGAGGUUCAGAGAGGAGGAGCAGGCCAGCAGGAUCAUCUCUCACAUCAAGACCUCACGAAGCCUCCACAUCAUGUGCCACAUCCCAGUCUUCUGCUGGAUCACUGCUGGAGUUCUGGAGGACGUGUUGAAGUCCAGAGAGGGAGGGGAGCUGCCCAAGAACCUGACUGAGAUGUACAUCCACUUCCUGGUGGUUCAGUCCAAAGUGAAGAAGGUCAAGUGCGAUGGAGGAGCUGAAACGGAUCCACACUGGAGUCCAGAGAGCAGGAAGAUGAUCGAGUCUCUGGGAAAACUGGCCUUUGAUGAGCUGCAGAAAGGUCACCUGAUCUUCUAUGAAUCCGACCUGACAGAGUGUGGCAUCGAUAUCACAGCAGCCUCCGUGUGCUCAGGAGUGUUCACUCAGAUCUUCAGAGAGGAGAGAGGACUGUACCAGGACAAGGUGUUCUGCUUCGUCCAUCUGAGUGUUCGGGAGUUUCUGGCUGCUCUUCAUGUGAAGAGACCAACCAGACUCUCCUACGAGGUCUGCUGACACAGACAGGAAGUCGUUCGCAGACCAAUCAGGAGAAAGUCCAGUACAUCAAGAAGAAGAUCAGUGAGAAUGUGUCUCCAGAGAGAAGCAUCAAUCUGUUCCACUGCCUGAAUGAACUGAAUGAUGUUUCUCUCGUGGAGGAGAUCCAACGGUCCCUUAGAUCAGGACGUCUCUCCUCAGAGAAACUAUCUCCUGCUCAGUGGUCAGCUCUGGUCUUCAUCUUACUGUCAUCAGAAGAAGAUCUGGAGGUGUUUGACCUGAAGAAAUACUCUGCUUCAGAGGAGGCUCUUCUGAGGCUGCUGCCAGUGGUCAAAGCCUCCAACAAAGUUCUACUCAGUGGCUGUAACAUCUCAGAGGGAAGUUGUAAAGUUCUGUCCUCAGUUCUCAGAUCCCAGUCCUCUAGUCUGAGAGAACUGGAUCUGAGUAAAAACAACCUGCAGGAUUCAGGAGUGAAGCUGCUGUGUGAUGGACUGGAGAGUCCACACUGUGACCUGGAGACUCUCAGCCUGUCAGGCUGUCUGAUCACAGAGGAAGGCUGUGCUUCUCUGGUCUCAGCUCUGAACUCCAACCCCUCCCACCUGAGAGAGCUGGACCUGAGCUACAACCAUCCAGGAGACUCAGGGGUGAAGAUGCUGUCUGAUGGACUGAAGGAUCCUCACUGGAGACUGGAGACUCUCAGGGUGGAGCCUGCUGGAGUCCGAUGGAUGACACCAGGUCUGAGGAAGUAUUCCUGUGAACUCACAAUCGACACAAACACAGUAAACAGACAACUCAAACUGUCUGACAACAACAGGAAGGUGACAUGGGUGAUGGAGGAGGUUCAGUCACAUCCUCAUCAUCCAGACAGAUUUGACUCCUGGCCUCAGCUGCUGUGUAGAACUGGUCUGACUGGUCGCUGUUACUGGGAGGUCGAGUGGAGCGGAUACGUUUAUGUAUCAGUGAGUUACAGAGGAAUCAAGAGGAAAGGAAACAUUAGAGACUGUUGGUUUGCAAACAAUGAUCAGUCCUGGAGUCUGAUCUGCUGUGAUGGAGGUUACUCUGUCCGUCACAAUAAGACAGAAACACGCAUCACCUCCUCCUCCUCCUCUGGGAGAGUAGCAGUGUAUGUGGACUGUCCUGCUGGCUCUUUGUCCUUCUACUCAGUCUCCUCUGACUCACUGAUCCACCUCCACACCUUCAGCACCACAUUCACUGAACCUCUUUAUCCUGGGUUUGGGUUCUGGUCCGGUUUUGGUUCCUCAGUGUCUUUGUGUCCUCUGUAGGACGGAGAGUCUCCUCCUGGUGGAGAAGCUUCCUCUCUGCUCACCACCUAGUUCAGUCUGUACAGCUGAUGGAGGUCCAUGUGGAGCAGGUGAGGGGUACCUGAGCUGGUCUGGACUCUGGGGGUCCACAGCUCUCUGGGACUUGUGCUGUUGCAGAUGAACGUGUGAAAGAGCUCAGCGAGGUGUGUUUUAAUGUCUCUGUGGAUGAAUCAAUGAUCAUCAUUUAGAUGUUGGGUCCUAAUUAGGGUUUAAUUUUAAUCUUUGUGUCACAAUGUUUAAUAAGACAUUCUAUAAAAAGGUCUCACCCCCCUCUGCUGUGUGUGUGUUUAUAAACAUUAUGAGCAGGUGAACAUAUUCUUAUUUCUGUUCUAAGUCAUUAUUGUUCAUCCACAGUUCACUCAUUCAUCUUCUCUGUCACUCAUUCAUAGCACAAUAACACGCGUCUCCCUCUUUCCUCUCAGACACUUUAAUGCUCCUCCAACGUAUUUAAUCCCAAACUGUAUCUUUGUGUCAUGA